UCGUUUCUCGAGUUGAGUGUCUGAGCGAGCGGAGCUCUGCGAGUUACACACGGAGAAGACACACACAGCCAUGGCAGAAAACGCCGGCUUGGAAAAUCAUCGCAUUAAGAGCUUUAAAAACAAGGGUCGAGAUGUCGAGACUAUGCGAAGACAUCGUAACGAAGUAACAGUCGAACUGAGAAAGAACAAGAGAGAUGAGCACCUACUGAAGAAACGCAAUGUUCCACAGGAUGAAAGUCUGGAGGACUCUGAUGUAGAUGCCGACUUCAAGGGGCAAAAUGUAACACUAGAUGCCAUCUUACAGAAUGCCACCAGUGACAACGCAAUAGUACAGCUCAGCGCUGUCCAAGCAGCCAGAAAACUACUCUCCAGCGACAGAAACCCUCCAAUCGAUGAUUUGAUAAAGUCCGGGAUCCUACCCAUCCUCGUUAAAUGCCUGGAGAGGGACGACAAUCCCUCGUUGCAGUUUGAGGCUGCCUGGGCUUUGACUAACAUUGCAUCAGGGACCUCGGCACAGACGCAGGCUGUGGUCAAAUCCAACGCUGUCCCCUUGUUUCUGAGACUGCUCCAUUCCCCUCAUCAGAAUGUGUGUGAGCAGGCCGUGUGGGCGCUGGGCAACAUCAUUGGCGAUGGGCCACAGUGUCGAGACUAUGUCAUUUCACUGGGCGUGGUCAAACCUCUCUUGUCUUUCAUCAACCCCUCCAUCCCCAUCACCUUCCUGAGGAACGUCACCUGGGUCAUUGUCAACCUGUGCCGAAACAAAGACCCGCCCCCACCCAUGGAAACAGUACAGGAGAUCCUCCCUGCCCUCUGCGUACUCAUAUACCACACAGACAUGAAUAUUCUUGUAGAUACAGUGUGGGCUUUAUCGUACCUAACAGAUGGAGGGAACGAGCAGAUACAAAUGGUCAUAGACUCAGGUGUCGUCCCUUUCCUUGUCCCCCUGCUCAGCCACCAAGAGGUCAAAGUUCAGACGGCAGCACUGAGGGCAGUGGGUAACAUUGUGACGGGGACGGAUGAGCAGACCCAGGUGGUGCUCAAUUGUGACGUGCUCUCCCACUUCCCCAAUCUGCUCACACACCCCAAAGAGAAGAUCAACAAGGAAGCCGUGUGGUUCCUGUCCAACAUCACCGCAGGAAACCAGCAGCAGGUGCAGGCUGUGAUCGAUGCAGGGCUCAUCCCCAUGAUCAUCCACCAGCUGGCCAAGGGUGAUUUUGGUACACAGAAAGAGGCCGCAUGGGCCAUCAGCAACUUAACAAUAAGUGGAAGGAAAGAUCAGGUGGAGUACUUGGUGCAGCAGAAUGUCAUCCCACCUUUCUGUAGCCUGCUGUCAGUGAAGGAUUCGCAGGUGGUACAGGUGGUUCUAGACGGCCUGAAAAACAUCCUGAUCAUGGCUGGCGAGGAGGCUAGCACCAUCACGGAGAUCAUUGAGGAGUGCGGAGGACUGGAAAAGAUUGAAAACUUGCAACAGCAUGAAAAUGAGGACAUCUACAAACUAGCGUUUGAAAUCAUUGAUCAGUACUUUUCAGGAGAUGAUAUUGACGAGGAUCCGGGUCUGAUCCCUGAAGCCACACAAGGAGGCAUGUUCAACUUCGACCCGACGUCCAACCUCCAAACCAAGGAGUUUAAGUUCUAAUCGAGCCAAGUUAGAACUUGAAUCAGGCGGGAUCUCCUGCUGCUGUUCUUCCCCCGCCGCCCCUCACCACGAUCCCGCCAUCACCCAUCAACCUGCAACUCACUAACCUGAAAAAUCCAAUCAAGAUGCAUCAAACCUACAGGUGUAACUUGCACUGAAGGAUACAAAUAUUUCUCUCUCUCUCUCUCUCGUGUCACCCGAAGUCGGAGUGAAGUCUACACGUUUUGCAAGAAGAGGGAGGAGACGACCUUUUCGGUCAUACUGCAAUUGCCAAAAGAGAGAGAAUUUUCUGCUGUUUUGCUCACUCGCACAUAUUUGCGCCACACACACACACAGACUUGAGUCAUAUGUGCAUCAACGUUUCUAGAAACUUCUUGUGUUCUUCUACCAGCCAUCAUAUCAGCUGAUUUGGAAGAUGUGGGGGGGGAGACAAACUAGAUUUUUGUUUUUUAUUUCUCUCCUUCCAGCAAAUCUCUCACCAGGACAUUGCAACCCAAAGUCAGUGUUGAUUCUAGAGCUCUAGUACAGACACCCUACAGUAAGACAUCCAGACUCUGCUCUGCUAAGCCAUGUGGAACGUGCUUCCCCUUCUCGGAGGUGUCUGUGGACUAGUCUGUGGAGCAGUUCAUCCAGCAAGUGGGGGUUCCUCCCUCCCCCUGCUUCUUACCCCCUCCUCCACACCUACCUUCUUUUAAAUUGUGUGCAAAUAGCAUGUACGCUAGCACUGAUUUUUUUUUUCCUUUUUUUUUUUUUCUUGUCAUGAUGAAGUCAUCAUGGAACUGUGACUUGUAUAGAGAAAGUGGAAAAAAAUAACACACAAUCAAGAAAUCACACAAAACGUGUACAUACCCUAGUUUAACCCAGUGGAGUCACUUAACCCACAAACAUCCAAACCAGUGUCAUGUGAGAAGAGGAACGGCUGGAGUGGUCAUUUAAACGUAGCACGGCAUAAAUUCAGUGAGUCGUUUUGAGGGACGACGCUGUCCCCGUUCAAUGUGUUGAUGGACUUCUGCACACAGAUGAGGUUCUGGAUUCUUCAGUAUUUGAAGAUUUGGGAGUAAUUCUUCAUUUUACUCCUUUAUAACCACAGAAGUCUGUACAAGGACAAACGCCAAAAGGUUGUCAUGUCCAUGAGCAAUUUUAUCACUUCUCCCCCUCCACCAGACAUGGAGAGAAUAUAUUUUCUCUGUUUAAAAAAAAAUAUAAAAGUAAAAAAAAAAAAAAGGUAGGCUUACAUCAGCGAAGAGAAACUUUGCAGGAGUGAUUGAACUGUGACUUAUUAUUAUUUUUGUUUUUCUGUGGUGGAGCUUCCACAUUUGCAGCUUUGAUUCAGUCUUAUAUGCACACUUUUUGUCGGCCCUAUAUAAGAUUACUAUUAUUAUUGUUAUUAUUUUGGCUAAACGUACUGGGAAAGGGACAUUUUGCUUAAUGUAUACAUAAGCGAUGGAAAACGGAGAUCCAUGGAAGUGCUGUUUCUGUUUGUUAGAGUUAUUUGCUACAAAACAUAACUGUACAAACUAAAAGUAUCUUUCUUGUGUAAAGUAAAAACUGAUUAAGCUGCCACAUGUUAGACAUUUGACAGGACAUGUAAGAACAAUAAUGACAUUGUGUUAUUGAUUCACAGUUAAUUGGGGACUUUUUUUUUUCCCUUGUUUUAAGAUUCACUUUGUGAAGGCAAAUAAUUGUAUUGGAAUGGGCCUAACUGUCAUCGUGACUGGACAGUUCUGGUUUGUUUUUGUGUUUUUUUUUUUUUUUUUUUGUCCCUUGGCAUUUAAUUGCAAAGGGACGUGCCGAAAAACAAACAUUUACAUUUGGACUAAUGUAGUUGUGGUUUGGCUGCAGACUACUGACGAAGAGGAUUCGAGGACAAAUGGCAGCCCUGGUUGUUGGUUUUUGUUUUUUUUUUUUUUAAUUGUCCAUUUAUUAUUGAACAAAGGCCUGCAUAGGUGUGAAAUUCAUGAACUUAUGUAGACACUUAUUUAAAAAAGGAAAAAAGAGAAAAAAAAAAAGGAGCCACUUUAAAGAAUUAAAAUUUUUGUCUUGUAUCGGAAAUGGAUACAAGCUUUUUGCUAGUUGCAAGAUUUUUACUUGCUGAAGAUGAUUUAAAAAAAAAAAAAAAAAGAAUGGGGAAAAAAACUGCUACAGAUCGCAUUUUGGCCUCCGAUUGUUUGUAUCUUUUUAUAAAUUUUAGCAUUGAAUGAAACACUCUCUUUAAGGUGGCUCAUCUGUAUUUUUUUUUUCAACUCCUGUGCAUAUUAAAGAUGAACGAGUUGAAAUUCA